UACACGUGCGCUUUCACUCUGUGAGCGUGCAUAUAAAGGAGCGAAUAACAGCUCUGAAAAGGCGGCCACUGUUUGUAAGCGGAGGACAACUUCGAGCGUUACUUUGAAAUCCUUGUCAGCGGCCUUCAAAGGUGUCUGCCAUGACGUCUCAUGUCACAGAUUUCACUGAGCCGGUUCGUAUGCUCAAUUACACCAGCCCACCAAACAAUGAGCACGAGUCGGAAGCCGUCAACUUGUCUGCCGGACGAUACUCGAAGAGCAACACGCUGCAGCGAAGAUUCAACAACCUCGUGCUGGACGUGUACCAAGAGAGGUUUAUCGCGAACGUGCGGUCAACGCACCAGGUCUUGGACGUAGGCUGCGGAACGGGCGACUUCACCCGUGACGUCAUUCUGCCCCGUUGCCUUCCGUGUCGAAAGAUUGUUGGUGUGGACAGUUCUGGGGAGAUGAUCGAGUACGCCCGGCGGUACUCGGCCAAUGAGAAACUGGAUUUCAGGGUGCUGGACAUAUGUGACGACGUCACUGACUUCUUGGAGGAAUUCGGGCGCUUUGACAGGGUCUACUCGUUUUACUGCCUGCACUGGGCCGAAGACUUGGUCUUGGCUCUGAAGAACGUGUCCAGAUUGAUGACCCAGACGGGCGAAUGCCUGUUAUUGUUCUACGCUUCACACGAGUCGGUACCCGUUUGGAGAGCCCUGGCUAGCAUGGACCGCUGGAAGAAGUACUCAGAGGUUUUACUGAAAUUCGUACCGAAGAGCCAGGACAUGGGGAAGACGGAGCAGUACCGUUUUUUGUCAGGGCAUCUGAAGAAGGCUGGCUUGGUACCCAGCGUUAUUGAAGUCGUCCAGUCUGCCACUUAUGCCGACAGCACUGAGAAAGAAACACUUGAUACUCAGAUGGGUGUGCUCCCGAUUGCCCAGCUGGUUUCGCAAGAAGAAAAGGCCCAGCUCCUCACCGACGUUACGGAACAAGUUCGAAGGGUGCAUGACCCACACGCUGACCAGGAACGCUACAGGAUGUACAUAGUGAUGGCGUCUAAGUAUCGCUGCUAGUUGAUGCACGUUAUUCAUCGCAGUAAAUACUUUUGUGUAAUGUCUGAAAAGUCAAAGAAU